ACAUUCUUCACAUUUUAAGGGUUUGGGUUUUUAUUUGAGCAACAAAUACAAUGCAGCUCAGAUUGCAAAUCGGGGGUUUAGGUUCUGCUCAAGAAGAUAAAAUUGAUUCAUUUUGCAAUCAAUCCAGCAUCAGAGGAGGUUGAUUAGGGGUACUUAUUACUGAGUUCAUAGCGGUUGGUUUCAAUUUUCCAUCUGUUAAGGUUUUGAACUACACAUUCAAUAUGCUUGAGUUACCGGAAGUACUUCUAGGUCUUCCAUUUCCACAUUCUCAAAGGUACCAUUCUUUUCUUUCAUCUUUUAAGUUCAGGGUUUCAACUACAAAGAAUUAUUCUCUGCAAAAAUGGAAUUUAUCUAGGGUUUUGAGCAACAAAUUUUUGGGGAUCUUUAUUAAGUUUACUUUUAUAUUUUGUUAAUGAAUGGAAGAAACAAGGAAUUCACCAUAUUCUAAUGGGGAAGAUAGAAUCAGUAGGUUACCUAAUGGACUAAUUCACCACAUUUUCUCUUCCAUUGAUACAAAAUAUGCUGUUCAGACUAGUGUUCUAUCCAAAAGAUGGAUUCAUAUUUGGAAAUCUCUGCCGUUUCUGAAUUUCGAUAGGCGUUCAUUCUCAGAAGACGAAGAACAUGAUGAGAAGUUUGUAUAUUUUGUGGAUAUGGUGUUCAUUCUUCGUGAUUUUAACUAUGAUAUUCAUAGAUUUGAUCUUACAUGGUUCAACAUUAGAUAUGUUGAAAUAAUGAAAAAACAUGUGGGUAGAUGGAUGGUCCAUGCUGUUAGGCAUAAUGUUCAAGAAAUUACCAUACUAAACUGUAAAGAUCAUUCGGCAUAUGAGAUUCCUCAUCAAAUCCUAAAUUGCAACUCACUGAGGGAGUUGACAAUGCAAGUGUAUGGUCGUGCCGAAUUUGCAGAUUUCAGUCUACCAAGUUCAAUUAGUUUACCUCAGCUUAAAGUACUUCAAUUGGCCGGAUUAUCAAUCUCUAAUGUAGAAUCAUCUAAAUGGCUCUUUUCAAGUUGUCCAGUUCUUGAAAUGCUAGUCAUAAGUGAAUGUGAUAUACAAACUGAUAAUCCAAGGAAUUUGAUUGUGGAUUCUCUCAGCCUUAAAAAGUUUGGAUAUACUCAUCGUAAUUUAUAUAUUUUGCCGCAAAAUGAUACUGCGGCAAACAUUAUUAAUUUAUCUGCUCCAAAUCUGGAAGAGUUCACUUUCAGAUCAUUGUUGGCAUACGACUGUUCUCUAGAAAACUCUUCUCCACUUUCCAAAGUAGAAUUUGACAUGACACUCAAAGUAAUAGAAGAAGAUGAGAAUGCAGAAGCAUAUUUGAAACUGCCUUCGGAGGAAAAAGAAGUAUAUGCUAAACGUAUGAUGAAAUUUCUAGGAGCAGUUUAUAUGGCGAAACAAUUGUCAUUAUCACCUGGAUUCCUUGAGGUUCUGUCAGAAGCUCCUGACUUGUUAGACUCCCAGCAACCCCGCUUAUGUAAUCUAAAGUUAGUGAAUUUUGAAAUGUGGUCUACAAGAGGUCGCUUGCGGGCUAUCGCUUACUUACUCAAGAUAUCUCCUAAUAUUAAUGCUAUAUACCUUUAAUUGAAGGAGUCAAAUUUAGCGGACGUUGGAGAUGAUUGGGAAGUAGGAUUGUCGUCGCAGGGAAUGUUAUCCCACCUCGAGUAUGUGGUUAUUAAAGAAGUCGAAGGAUGUGAUGCUGAGCUCAAAAUUCUGAUUUUUCUGUUGAAAAAUGCAAAGGUUUUGAAGAUUGUUGUUCUAUGCUUUCGUUUUAGUAUUGGCUCGCAAGUGACACAAGUUGAGCGAUUUCUGGAUAAGCUAAGAUUAGUUCCCAGAGCUUCUUCAAGCAUCCAAGUGUUGUUUAAACUUGGAGGGAGACAUUUUAAGCUUUAAACUUGCAAUCAAAGAAGUCUGAUGUCUCAAACUAACGGAUACUUCAUACUUGUACACUAGAUCAAGCAGCAAGAAAAUACCGUGGAAGCCUAAGCAUUUGGGCAUUUUGAUGUUUGUUCUUUCUGUUUUGCUUUUGUUUCAGGCGAUAUGUCGUUUUCUGUGAAAUUGAACUUUCUAUUAGGGACUUUGUUUAACGCUAAUUAAAAUUCAUAUCAGUGCUGAUUGUAUGAAAGAAUCCACGACAAAGACUAUUUUAUGCUCUCAAA